AAACACAAAACCUUCUUUCAAGUGUUCUUCCUCUUUUCUCUAUAAUACUACAAUACAAAAUAAUCUUUUUUCUCAAAAUCAAAAAACAAAAAUGGCCACUGAAAAAUCAAAUUCCUAUGAGAGUUGUAAACACUACAUGGCUAUGAUAUGUUUACAAUUUGGCUAUGCUGGUAUGAAUAUUAUCACUAAGGUUUCACUCAACCAAGGAAUGAGUCACUAUGUCCUCGUCGUUUAUCGUCAUGCUUUCGCAACUGCUUGCAUAGCUCCAUUUGCAUUUUUUCUUGAAAGGAAAGGUCAACCAAAGAUAACAUUCCGAAUUUUCAUGCAAAUUUUCAUCCUAGCUCUUCUCGGGCCAGUGAUUGAUCAGAAUUUCUAUUAUGCUGGGUUGAAGCUUACAUCACCAACUUUUUCUUGUGCAAUGAGUAACGUGCUUCCUGCCAUGACUUUUGUGAUGGCAGUUAUAUGCAGGAUGGAGAAGAUAAACAUAAAGCAAGUAAGGUGCCAAGCAAAGAUAUUUGGCACAAUAUUGACAGUAGCUGGUGCAAUGCUAAUGACAUUAUACAAAGGUCCUAUUGUGGAGAUGUUUUGGGCCAAACAUAGACAUCCUCAAAAUGAAACACAUGAAACAACCACCACAGGAUCUUCUGAAAAAGAUUGGAUUUUAGGCUGCACUUUCCUUAUCCUUGCCACCUUUGCUUGGGCUUGUCUCUUUGUUUUGCAAGCAAAAGUUAUAGAGACGUAUAAGCAUCAUCAGCUAAGUCUAACUUCACUUAUGGUCUUCAUUGGUACUCUUCAAGCUAUUGCUGUUACUUUGGUGGCUGAGCACAAUCUUUCUGUUUGGAGGAUUGGUUGGGAUAUGAGUUUACUUGCUGCUGCUUAUGCUGGGAUUGUGACCUCAAGCUUGGCAUACUAUGUGCAAGGGCUAGUGAUUAGGAAGAAAGGGCCUGUCUUUGCAACUGCCUUUAGCCCACUUAUGAUGAUCAUUGUUGCUGUCAUGGGCUCCUUUAUCCUUGCAGAACAGAUUUAUUUUGGAGGUGUGAUGGGUGCAAUCUUGAUUGUGAUAGGCUUAUAUUCUGUUCUAUGGGGAAAGCACAAGGAAGAAAUAGAGAGAAAAGUUGAUGAUAUUCCUUUGCCUAUAAAGAGUACUCAAAUGAGUGGAAAUUUAGGGCCAGUGAUUGAUGACACAGAUCAAGUAAAACAUGGUCAAGUUGGUGAUACUAACAACAUGCUUUCUUCACUUGCAAUAACUAUGCCUACUAGAGAGCCUACUAAUAAUAAUGUUAACCAACAAUAAAAUGUUUGAGAAAAAUGGAAUAUGAAUAGGAAUGUCAUUUACUUCAUCUUCCAAUAUUAUCCCCCCAUUUUGUCCCUUUAUCAACAAAUUUUCCUCCCCCACCCCCCUUUUGUAUUUGAGCAAAUAUAUAUAAUUUUGUAACAAAUUCCAACUAAUCCAUGUAGGGAAUCAUAAAGUUUUUCUA